CCGUGAUAUUAUACAGCCCUUUAAACUAACAGCCUUUUAAAUGGAGAUGGUGGAGACAUGUGAUAUUUCAUCCCAUGUUACAGGUGAGGUGGGAACAAGCAACACACUUGAUGGUGUAGCCGAACCUAAAGUGCUAGUUGGCAGUGGCUCGAGUGGUAAAGAAUCGGAUCGUGACAUUGAAUCUCGGAAUGAGCUGUGUGUCAGGAAUUCAGAGGGUACAUCUAGUGUGAGAAGGCCUACUCCAGUACCUGAGGAAGAUGCAGAACCGUCAUGUAGUGAGACUGCAGUUGAAGCAACAAGUGUUCCUGCUGAUGAAGUCCUUGAAGACAUGAAUGACAUAGACCCUAACAUGACUGACCCACAUCUUAGCCCAGAUCCUAUUGAAAAACAAGAAGAUGCAGCCAAUAAAAUUUGCAGCAAGACCACACCUGACCAGCAAGCCCAAGAAAAGAAACAAGAUGGUAAUGCUGAGCCUACCCUGCGGCUGAAGGACAAGGAGACCCUCUUCAUGCUACUUGCUCUUCACAUGGAAGAGUCUCCACUCUGUGAAAAACCGACUAGCCAAAAACUGGAUGGAAAAGAUAAAAAUGUCAAGAUCAACAAAACUGGGAUUGUCAUUUGUGAGUCAGGUUCGAUUCAGCGUUUGGUGGUGAUGGAUUGCUCCAGGAAACAGCUACAUGCUGCACAGCUUGUGAUGACAAAUCUGACAACGAGAGCAAGAGGCUGUAAUGUGUACUUAUCCCGGAAACCCUGCACGGACUGUGCCAAAUGUCUAGUUCAAGGAGGGGUUCGUUCAGUGAUUUUCUGGCCCAAGGAUCCAGAAUAUAGUCUCCAAAACAAAGAGACGGGCGAGAAAGAUUCAUAUGGAGUGAACCAAAUCUUCAGAAUCAGCUGCACUAUAGCAUUACCCCACGUGCCUAUUAUUGAUUAUAAGGCUGUGAGAUCUGAGGUCUGCAGACUUACCCGCAGACAGAAGUGUAAAGAAUGUCAGAAUCCUGAACACAUUAACAACUUGAGAAAUGAACUGAUUGAAUUUUGGGAAAAAUCUGAAAUUGAUUAUGAAAUGGACAAUGAAAGUUUGAAACUUCUGAUUGACUCCACAUUGCUUUCCUAUGAUGAACUCCUGAACUGUAACCAUGGCAACAUCAGUGAAAUCCCAGGCUUCACACCAGCCCUUGUUGCUCAUUCAUUACAACUUUGCUUCCUGCUAGCUGCUCGAUCAGAUGAUCCAGAUCGUGGCGUUGGUGCAGUAAUCUACAACGAGAGACACAGCAUUAUUGGGGCUGGCUACAAUGGCUAUAUUAAGAAAGCAACAUAUGGAAAUUUCCCUCGCAGUGGACGAAACAAUAAACAAGCGAUUGCCAAAUCCCGUUCCAUGGUUCAUGCAGAAGUCAAUACUCUUCUGUUCAGGUUUCACACAGGCACUGAUUCUGAGGUGAUGUUUUCCUCUAAAAAACCAUGCCCUGAGUGUGAAAAAAUGAUCAAUGCUUCUGGUAUAAAGAUUGUGGUUUCAGUCACGGAUCCAAGAAGUGCCAUGGAACUAAGAGAAGGGGACCAGGAAUCGAGGGAAGGAGCCCAGGAAUUGGGAGAAGGUGUGAAAAUCAUUUUGUGGGAGUGGCCGAGAGAGUUGCAAGGUAACCAGGACAACAUGGACCUACCAGCCAUUGAGCAAAUGCAUAACCUUCCAGUCUUAGUUGGUCCUGUACGCCUACCAAACAAGGAUGACCUGUUGAUGUAUCUCGCACUGCAAAUGGAGGAUUCCCCAUUGUGUGUGGAACCAAAAGAGAAGGAUGGAAUUAAAUUUUGUAAAACUGGGAUUACAAUAUCUGCUGGAGAUGAAACCAAGCAGAUACUCGUGAUUGACUGUUCCAGAAAUGGCCUGCACGCUGUACAGCAAGCACUUCUCAGCUUUCCCAAAUGUUUGCAAGGAAAUGUGGUGUACUUGUCAAGGCACCCAUGUAUCCAUUGUGCUAAACUACUCCUUCAAGGAGGUGUUCUUCGAGUAUAUUAUUGGCUUAUUCUGGAGCAGCAAGAAGCUGACAAUUAUGAAGAUGCUUUGGCUAAUGCUAAUAAGGUCAGUCGAUUGUUUCGUGGAGGUAAAGUAAGUGCAGAAAUGUACAUACCAGUACUGGACUUAGAAACUGUUGAAAGAAGAAUUUCACCUAAAAUCACAUUGAAACCUUCAACAAAGCCCAUAAAACGCAACUCAAUUUUUGAUUCAACUAACCAUACAAAAAUUCUGGAAGCCCUGCAUUUACCACAUAUAAAAGCGAAGGAUUACAAAGCAACAUUCAUAAAACAAAUGGCAACUGCUUAUGACUGCCUUAAUGCAUUACAAAACUGCACUGUUGGGAGCUUCAAAAAAAUAUCUGAAGGAAAGCCCAAAGAUCAGGAUGACAGGAAUUUACAUGAACUGUCAAAUGGCACUGAUGGGAAUUUGGGAAGAAAUAAUUCUGAUCGGGGUGAGAUGGAGAAGAGGUAUUUACAUGCCUUGCAACUGUGUUUCCUGCUGGCCGCGAGAACAGACAGUCCUGGCCAUGGAGUAGGGGCACUGAUCUACCAGAAUGAUUGCUUCGUGGGAAUGGGCUACAAUGGUUUUCCAAGAGGAAGUCGCAGUGGUCAAUAUCUUCAGAAUGACCAGGAGCCUGAGGGAGAUGAUGCUCAGUCUCAGAAAAGGAGCUGUGGAGCACAGCAACAGAACGCAAGUUUUAUCAUUUGUGCUGAGGCCAAUGCUCUUUACUUCAGGUGUGAACGGAAUCUGAAGGAUGCUGUGCUGUACAGCAGCAGAUACCCCUGCAAUGAGUGCUUGGCUUUAAUUAAAGAAACCAAAGGCAUCACUGAUGUCAUUUGUGUGGCACCCAAAAAUCAGCAAGCUUUGGAUUCUUUUCCAGAGGGCUUGUCCCUCACUGUGUGGACACAAGAUUUGGGCAUCACAGAUAAGACAUGCAGAAAAUUCUAGACAGCGGGAUAUUGGACAGGGAGUGGGUGACUGUGUGGGUACAAACCAGGUAAAAUUUAUAACUGGCAACAAGCAGCAACUGUCCUCUCCAGAAGAGUGGGCCGAACAGGAUGUGGUUAACAGAAGUUGUUUCAGCUUCAGGUGCAAGUAAGAUCCUGGCUAAAGUUUCAUUCUCCUGGGCAAAAGCACAUUUCUUCACUCUCUCUGGAUCGUAUUGUGACUUCCAACUUCACCAGCAUUUUCCUUCUGCCUCACCAUCGAUUCCUCACCUUCAAUACCUCCCUCCGUCAGAGUGUCCUCUGAUAAUCUACCAUUCAAACACUUUCACUACCAUACCUGUCUCUGAACUUGGACAACAGUUCGUCAGUGUUUCAGACUGACUCCAUCAACUCACUAUGGGACUUAUGACUUUAACUCCGGACUCUCUCCUGUUGUCUCUCUGUUCCCCAUUUACCUCAGAAUUAGAAAGUCGUGAGUUCAAGACUCAUUCCAGGACUUUCACACAAUAAUGUAGACUGGCGUAAUGGUAAUGUUACUGGACUAGUCAUCCAGAGGCCCAGACUAAUGUUCUGAGGUCAAGGACUCAAUCCCACCAUGGCAGCUGGUGAAAUUUCAAUUCAAUUAAUAAACUGGAAUUAAAAAGCUAGUCUCAGUAAUGGUGACUGUCAUGAUAAUAAUUGAUUGUGGUAGUGGACUCCAGUAUUAGAUACUAUAUGAUUCUCUGUGCUAGAUAUGGGGUCACCUGUCUUGGGUCAGAUACCACAUGUUGGAACCUGUCUGGAUAGAAUUCAGUUACUGCAGAGACGUGUUUAUAUUAGGAUAAUGUGUUAUCAAUAAAGUUAACUCAGCUACAA